CUCCAAGGACCUACUUCAUGGGGUGAUACGAGACAAACCACCAACUUCCAUCGAACAAAAGCAAGAGUUAGAGGAAAUCAUCGAAGUGCAACGUCAGGAAAUGGAUAUGUGUACUGCCGAUCAUGCAGUACACCGAGUCAUUGUUGGCCAAUUGGGAUCAGCUCUCCAGCGUAGAUCAAGGAAUCUUGCGGAAAUACAAGAAGCACGUCAACUGUUGGAAACGGCAAUUCCUUCCUGGCCUGAAGCUGAUGAACAUCGUCUACCCUUUCUUUUGAAUCUUUCGACACUUUUGUCCAUGCUUGCUGGUGCAAGCGAGCGACAUUCGGCAGGUCCGGAGAUCGAAAGGCUUGUGAGCAUCAAUCGAGAAUCAUAAGGAUACUAUGCCUUUACACCGGAGGAGCACAUGCAAUACCUCCUCGAACGUGCAAAGUGGAUUAGACGUUUGUGCAGCCCGCCUUUAAGGCACACCCAUCAUGCGGCUGGUUUGAAGGAGAUUGCACAGAAGAUAUCUCUCAUUUCUCCUGGUUACUCUCUCGUACGGCAACUCAGUGCAGAAGCCGAGGUAUAUGAUGAAGAAAUCGCAACUGUCGUUGAGCUCAGACGGAUUACACCUUGUCACGAGCAGCAUUUAAGGCGAUUCACUUCCACUCCUUUGUCAAGCUUGGAAGCUCCGGAGUCUCCACGCUCUUCGAAUAAAUUCAAGAUGUCCGCAUCAUAUCGUGCAAAGGAUGAUUUCGAUGUCGUGGAGCUCGACAUUGAGAUUGCGAACAAUCUGUCCUUUUUACUUGUAACCAGCGCUGUCAAUACGCAUGAGAUCCGUACUUGCUAUCUCAAUCUUGCCGGAUUGUUAAAUCAUCGCUACGCCAUUUCCAUGAUCCCCGUGAUCUUGAUGCCGCCAUCGAAUAUCAAGAAGAGUUGAGACUCUCUCUACCAUCUGCAGACGACCUCCACGGGCUCCUUUGCACCAACCUUUACGACGCAUACAAAGUACGCUAUCGGAUCACUGGUGCAAUCGAUGAUCUGAAGCGUUCCGUGAGAAUGUGCAACGAGUCCGCUCCUCGCUCCACAAAUGCUGUUGGCCCAUCUUUGCUACCUUCUCCAGACGCGGAGGAUACACCGAAUGAACCGGAUCGAAACUUGCAGUCCAGGUC